AUGGGUUCAAUCAAGUCGGGCAAUGACCUAGGUCUUGAACUUGCCUUUGCAACCAACGGGAAAGUCAUCCUUACUGCGGAUGUUACUCUAAGGGGUUUAGGUGGAGGAUUCGUUCUUGCCGUUGCCCAAGCCCAACCCUCAAUACUUAUUCUUGCCAGUCGCAAUCUAGCUAAGAUUAAAGAAACAGCAAAGGCUGUUUUGAACCAAUCCCCCUUUGUUAGGGUUCUUACUCUUGAACUAGAUUUGGUGUCUUCAUCUGCGGUACGCAAGGCUGCCGACACGGUUAAUGUAUGGGCCGACGUCACUCAUAUUGACGUCCUCGUCAACAAUGCCGGGGUUAUGGCUAUGGAUUGGGCUUUGUCUCCAGAUGGAUAUGGAAGCCAAUUAGCCACCAACCACUAAGACCAUUUCUUGUUCACUAACCUGAUCAUGGC